AUCUUUUCAAGAUGAACACACUAAAGUAGCUCUGCUCUACUCGACAAACUUGUCCGGUUGUUCCUUGAAUUUCUUUCCAAAGUCCAAACCCCCCAAUCCCAUAUUGGUUUUCGAUAAACCCCAGAUUGUUGCUUAGCUUGUAUACCGUCCCUCCAUUACUCUACACUCUAACACUGCAAAAUUCCUUCAAAUUCUCCAUGAAACCUUAACCUUUUUCCCCAAAUACUCUUAUUUUGCACAGCCAUUUUCAAUUUGCACAUGUUUUCAAUAUGCCCAUCAUCUUCUUCAAACUCCAUUUUUACUCCCCUUCAUUCAAUCCCACAUUUCAAUUCUCAUCCCCUUUUUGUUCACCACCUCCAUAAAAGAAGAUUCUUUACCUCGCCCACCAAGUUUGUUGUAAAAAAUCCACACCUAUGUAAUUCUAUCCUCUUUUUUAGGAAUAAAAUAUCUGGGUUUUGUUUUUCUAAUAAUUUAAAAGCUUCCCAAUUGAUUAAUUCUAGUGUUAUAGAGAAAAAAGAUUUAAAAGAUGGUGUUUUUAGCUCAAUUUCAAAGUCAGUUGCACUUGCAUUGUUUUGGGUUGUAAUUGGGUUGUGCCCAGUCAGUGGGUUUCAACCUCAUGCUAUUGCUUUGCCUGCAAUUAGUGAUAUACUAUGGAGAAAGAAGGGGAAGAUUGUUAAAGAAGAGCCCCCAUUGGUAUCAUGGAAGGAGCACGAGUUUUCAGGCUAUACACAGAGGUUGUUAGAUUGUGUUUCAGAUGUGUUGAAGGUGAUGAAGGAAGUUAGGGUAGGAGAGAGUGGUGUCAAAGAAUUGGAGGAUGCUUUGGAGAGGGUUAAAUUGAAGAAAAAGGAGCUGCAAAAAGAGAUAAUGGGUGGACUGCACGCCGAAUUGAAGGUGCUUAAGGAAAAUAAGCAGAAGUUGGGUGUUCGAGCUCGUGAAGUAUUUCGUGAUGUAAUGAAGGCAAAAAAUGUGCAGGAUACCUUGUUGGAUGAAUUGAGGAUUACUCGUGGCAACGAUCCAUGGACCGAGGGGGACAAAGAAAAGCUAAACAGGGCUGUAGAAUCUUUGGAUAGCGUAGAGAAGGAUUACAAUGAGCUGCAGGAUAUGAUUGGGGAGAUUGAGGAUCUUAUAUCCAAGAGAGAAACAUUGUGUUUAAGCAUUGGUGUGAGUGAGCUGAUGUUUAUUGAGGAUGAAUGCGAGGGGCUGGUACGGCGUUUUAUUAGAGAGACUAGGCAUAAUGCAAGUCUGCAGGAAAAUUCUUCUGUUCCAUGUUCUAGGAAUGAUAUACAGAAAGACUUAGAAGCUGCUCAAAGGGAACACAUUAAACAAAUGAUAUUGCCUGGGGUCGUGGAAUAUGAUGAUGCUUUAGGGCCACUCUUUGAUGGGGAGCAAAUGAAAUUUGUACAACGCGUGAAGCAAGCCCUUCAAGAAUCAAAAAAUCUGCAGAGAGAACUGGAGGGUCGCAUUCGAAAAGAUAUGAAGAAACAUGGGAAGGAAACACGUUUUAUUCAGAAGACACCAGAGGGCGAUAUUAUCAAAGGUUUUCCAGAAGCUGAAUUAAAAUGGAUGUUUGGCAAUAAAGAGGUUGUGGUUCCUAAGGCUGUAAAUAUCUACUUACUUGAUGGAUGGAAGAGAUGGCGUGAAGAUGCUAAAGAGAAGUUAAAGAAAAGCGUUUUGGAGGAUGUUAAUUAUGGCAAACAAUAUGUGUCUAAGAGACAGGAGCGCAUUAUAUUGGAUCGCGACAGAGUAGUGUCCAAGACAUUUUAUAAUGAGGAGAAAAGUAGAUGGGAAAUUGAUCCUGUUGCAGUUCCAUAUGCAGUCUCCAAGAACCUUGUGCAGUAUGCCCGGAUAAGGCAUGAUGGGGGUGUCAUGUACAUUGGGCUUAAGGGAGAGGAUAAGGAAUAUUAUGUUGAUCUAAAGGUCUAUGAACUUCUUUUUGAAGACCUUGGAGGGUUUGAUGAAUUGUAUCUGAAAAUGAUUGCAUCUGGUGUUCCAACAGCUGUACGGCUUAUGUGGAUUCCACUGUCGGAGUUGAAUAUAUAUCAGCAAGCUGUUCUGGUGGCAAAACUGUUUCAUGGAUUACUCGAUGACUUAUGGAAUGAGCAAAAAAUCUCUUUUGGGAGAAAGUUUUUGUGGAAUGAAAUAAAAUACACUACUGCUGACCUCUUCACAGUGGUUGUUUUUCCAAUUGUGGAAUUUCUAAUACCUUAUCAGGUGAGGGUAUGGUUGGGGAUGGCUUGGCCUGAGGAAAUUGAUCAGACUGUUGGCUCAACAUGGUAUUUGGAGUGGCAGUCAGCUGCAGAGAGUAGUUUCAAAUUACGAAAACGAGAUACUUUCCGCUAUUAUGCUUUGUUUCUCGUUAAAGGUGUCAUAUAUUGUUUCAUACUUUAUCAUACAAUUCGAUUUCUGAAGAGAAAGGCCCCUAGAUGGCUUGGCUUUGGGCCUUACCGCCGAGAUCCAAAUUUUCAGAAGCUUAGGAGAUUGACAUGGUACUUUAAAUAUAAGAAGCACAGAAUUUUAAGCAAAAGAAGAGCUGGGAUUGAUCCAAUUAGAACAGUGUUUGAUAAUAUGAAGAGAGUAAAAAAUCCACCAAUACGGUUGCACGAUUUUGCUAGCAUAGAGUCUAUGAAGGAGGAAAUUAACGAAGUCGUGGCUUUUUUACAAAAUCCUAGUGCAUUCCAGAAGCUGGGAGCUCGUGCACCUCGGGGUGUCCUUAUAGUUGGGGAGAGGGGGACUGGAAAAACCUCCCUGGCACUAGCUAUUGCUGCAGAGGCAAGGGUGCCUCUUGUUGAAGUCAAAGCACAGCAGUUGGAAGCUGGACUCUGGGUUGGGCAAAGUGCAUCCAAUGUCAGAGAAUUGUUCCAGACCGCAAGAGACUUGGCACCUGUGAUAAUAUUUGUGGAAGACUUCGAUCAGUUUGCUGGUGUCCGUGGCAAGUUCAUCCAUACGAAAAAGCAGGAUCAUGAAGCUUUUAUCAAUCAAAUGCUAGUGGAGCUUGAUGGAUUUGAAAAACAAGAUGGGGUGGUUUUGAUGGCUACUACAAGAAAUCUGAAGCAAAUUGAUCAAGCUUUAUGUCGUCCUGGUCGAAUGGACAGAAUAUUUAAUCUUCAACGUCCAACUCAAGCAGAAAGAGAGAAGAUAUUGCGUACUGCAGCAAAAGGGACCAUGGAUCCUGAGGUUGUUGAGUUUGUGGAUUGGAGAAAGGUGGCCGAGAAGACAACUCUUUUACGCCCUAUUGAGCUGAAACUUGUUCCUGUGGCUUUGGAGGGUAGUGCUUUCAGGAACAAAAUUCUUGACACGGAUGAGCUGUUGAGCUACUGUAGCUGGAUUGCGACUUUCAGUGCAUUUGUCCCUAACUGGCUGAGGAAAACAAAUCUUGCGAGAAGGAUCAGCAAUAUGGUUGUGAACCAUCUAGGACUUACAUUGACAAGAGACGAUCUGCGUGACGUUGUUGAUCAAAUGGAACCCUAUGGUCAAAUUACCAAUGGAAUUGAAUUUUAUUCUCCACCACUUGAUUGGACAAGGGAUACAAAGUUUCCUCAUGCUGUUUGGGCCGCUGGUCGUGGUCUUAUUGCUCUUCUUUUGCCCAACUUUGAUGCUGUUGAUAAUAUAUGGCUUGAGCCUCUUGCUUGGGAGGGAAUUGGAUGUACCAAGAUUACCAAAGCGAAAAAUGAAGGGUCUAUGGAUGAAAAUGUAGAAACUCUAUCUUAUCUGGAGAAAAAGCUUGUCUUUUUAUUUGGAUCUCAUGUUGCAUCGCAGCUGCUACUUCCUUUCGGAGAAGAAAAUCUGCUCUCCGCUUCAGAAUUGAAGCAGGCACAAGAGAUAGCAACUAGAAUGGUGAUCCAGUAUGGAUGGGGGCCUGAUGGCAGUCCUACAAUUUACUACCAUGGAAACGCGGCUACUGCUCUAAGCAUGGGGAACAAGCAUGAAUUUGAGAUGGCUGCUAAAGUUGAGAAGAUGUUCUAUCUGGCAUACGAUAAAGCUAAAGAUAUGCUACAGAAAAAUCGACCAGUACUAGAAAAUAUCGUUGAUGAAUUGCUUGAGUUUGAAAUCUUAACAGGAAAGGAUUUGGAAAGAAUUAUCGAGAGCAAUGGUGGAAUUAAGGAGAAAGAGCCUUUCUCCCUAUCAAGAGUUUAUGAGAAUGAUGUAACACCCUCCUCGUCUGCAAGGUAUCUUGAUGAUGGUGACAGUGCACCGGUAACUGCCCUUCUAGGCGCAGCAACUUAGAGAUAUUCAUUCAUGGUGAAAGUUUCUAUUUCAUCAAAGAGGAUGUUACUUCCGAGCAUGUCAGAAAUCACUGGAAUUCUGUUCCUUACAUUACUUAUACGCGAUUUCUGCUUGUGAUCAGAAAUCAUUGUACUUACAUGGCUUGGAAAUGAGAAAUUGUUGUCAGUCUUUACUUUCUCAUUCCCGUCAUUGUGUACAGAACUAAGCGCAAGCUCUUUGAGCUCAAAUUUUGUAAGCUAUAUAGCAAUGUGCACGCCGGAAAAUGUCUGUUCUUGAAGCUGAGGUAAAAUGCCAUGAAAAUAAAGUCAGAUUUAGUAUGUCAUUCUUCUGUUUCUCUUCUACAAUUGGAUUCUAUCUUUGAUUUUUCUAUACCUACUAUCCUCUGAGUUCAUUUGAAUCAAAGUUUUAACAUACUCUUUUCGUGUCUU